UCUCGAUAGCAACAUCUGUUGCACUUGAAGCGCCCUGGUUUUCCGGCCGUGAACAUUAUGAACCCUUAGUUCGGAAAUGCUAUUAGGGGAUCAACUCUAAAACAGACGGGUGCCGGUUUUCGACGCGCGGAUCGUAUUUCAACAAAUCCUUUAGCAAAUUGGGCGAAUGUUAUGACACGCGCUACAGGAACUCAAAGCUCGGCUUACCAAGAGACCAUGGCCGUAGGAAAAGUAGUCGCCUUAUCGCUUAUCCUGGUCGUGUCCACUACUGGUAAUGUGUUGGUUUGUUACUGCGGGCUGCGAUCUCCGAGGAUGUCAGCCAUGAACAGCCUUAUUGUGAAUUUGUCCAUUGGAGAACUUGCCAUUGCGUGCGUUGUAAUUCCACUUAAAAUCGAGCGUGAGAUUGUAGGGGAGUACUUGCUUGGGGGACCAACGAUAUGCAAAUUACUAGAAUACGCCCAAUCGGUUGCUCUCGGAUCGGUAACAGUGACUUUGUUAAUGAUAAGCAUGGACAGGCUUUAUUCGGUGUUUUAUCCGCUGUCAAAGAUAACCCGUCGACAGGCUAAAUACAUGGGCGUAUUUGCAUGGUGUUAUGCGUUGUUGUUCGCUAACCCCGUGUUAUAUUAUUUCUUGGGAGCGAAACACCAACCGCAAGCUUUACUGUUCAGCUGUGACAAGCACUUGGCUUUGCCGUGGAAAGACAAGCUUUAUUCCUUGAUUCAACUCUGGGCAAUAUUUUUGUUGCCGAUAAUGAUUAUGACUGUGACAUAUUUCAUAGUUGUGAGUAAGCUGUUGAAGCCUGAUUCGGCGACUCAUUCCUUAAACAAAAUUGGUGCCCGCGAAGGUAGGCCAGACGUACCGAUCAAUAUUCAUCGUCGAUUCACCAGCUCUCUGCGAUCAAACGCUGUUCCUCUCGCCAAACGAAAAUCAGUAGUGAUGAACCUUAUUGUAAUGGCUACUUUUAUUUUUUGUUAUGCUCCGUUAGCGGCGAUUUACGCUCUGGAAACUGUGGGCAAUCCUAAGAAAAAAAGCGUUGAGAUGUUUCGCGAUUUCGCGUCUUUCCUGGCUUUGGGAAAAUUGUGCGCCAAUCCAGCGGUGUACAGCUUUUUCGACAGCAAUCUUCGGGAUCAGAUGUGCCAGUGCCGGCAGAAAUCCGCCCAGAACUCGCCCGUCCGACAGAAAAUUAUUUAUCCGGGAAUUUGUACCCAGGGGAAACUCAGUGAACUGAAUGUCAGUAACUUUGGCAGACUCGUGGACUCAAAAGGACAAAGUACCGUUUUUAAGGAACCGCUGUUGCGUGUGUCAUCGGGAGAAAACCCGUCUCCGAGCGCUCCCGGAGCUAAACGAGAUAAACUGGCUCGAUUAAUCAGUAACACCCGACGUUACCGAAGUCUUGGCCUCUCAACUUGGAGAAGUUCUAAUAUCUAGGAAUAGUUAAAAAUGACAAGAAAACUUAAUCCUCAGAGAAACAAGCCAGCACUGAUCAAAACAAUUUUCAAAUGGAAAACAUACAGGAAAACUCAUAAUAGUUUCAUAGGCAGUAAACCUACCUUGACUCGAAUUCGAGGGGUUUUAAAGAUAUUUUCUGACAUGCUUCAAUAUAGUUUGUGUCUGCUGCAACUUAGGGCGGUAUGCCUAAUAAUAAUUGUGGAAUCAUUAUAGGUUAAAUUGCUGAAAUUCUCCCCUCAUGGGUUAUUUACUUUGAGAAUUAUUUCUUACUCAACGAUUUUGAGUUACACCACGAUAAAAUUUUUUUCUAAAGAAAGUACAUUUAUAAUUUAUUUUAGCAUAAACCAUCAAACUUUAGUACAUACCGGCAACGAACAAGCAAUUAAUGAAUAAAAAAAUUUGCGUAAAAAAGCGCAGUUUGCUACAAAACUUUUAAAUUUUCUGAGGAAUUGUACACUGAUUCUUAUUUGUAUCACAAGUGCUAUCGUAAAUGGUGCAACCAUACGGCGUAUUGGAGCAAACCCAAUGAACGUCCACGAUAAUUUGAGCAUUUCAUUACACAUUGUCCUUAUAGACAGUCCAGGGCGUUAUGGGAAAAUAACUGGUGGUAAAACAAAACGCUGAGCGGGAGGCACUAAGGUCGGUUAUUUGCACGAAUUCCAACCAAAAUCAUGGUUUCACGCAAUCAGUUAGCCUUAGGUUUUCCCUUAAGAGGGUUUUUCCUUACUUUGAAUUCAUGAAAUUGACCCUGUCAGCUUUCGGCCCUCUUGACACAGUUCACAAAACUGAAAUGUUCAGA